AUCUAAAUAAUUUUUAAUUUAUGAAUAGAUUAUCCUAAUUGAGUGGACAAUUCGAUGAAGAAUAGAAAUUGCAAUAGCAAAUAAUUGAAUUAGAUAAGUAAGGAUCAAUGAUGAUUUCAUAAUUUAGUUGGUUCAAAAGUCCACGUUUUAAUAAUGUUUUACGUCCAUAUACAGCAAAAUAAGUUGCUGAAGUGAGAGGAUAGAUUGUACCUAAUCAAUAUUCUGAUUUUAUGGCAAGAAAAUUCUAUAAUCUGAUGAUGGAUUUAAAAUAAAACAAUGGGUAAUGAAAUAAUCUGAUCUUAGUUUCUCUCUUGCAUGUGGAGCCUUAGAUACUGUUUAAGUUAUCAAUAUGUCUAAAUAUAUGACAUCUAUCUAUGUAUCAGGUUGGUAAUGUUCAUCUUCUGCUUCAACAACAAAUGAUCCAGGACCUGAUUUUGCUGAUUAUCCAUAUGACACAGUACCUAAGAAAUGUGAUUAGUUAGUCAAAGUAAUAAUUAAAUUGAUGAUAGAUGCAAAGAUUUCAAGAUAGAAGACAAUAAUAUGAAAGAAGUUUAAUUACACCUGAAUAACGAAAAUAAAAAAAACCUUAUGAUUAUUUAGUACCUGUAAUUUGUGAUGCAGAUGCUGGUUUUGGAGGUACAAGUAGUGUAAUGAAAUUGACUAAAUUAUUUAUUGAAUCUGGAGCUGCAGGAAUACAUUUAGAAGAUUAAAGACCUGACUUAAAAAAAUGUGGACAUAUGGCUGGAAGAGUUGUAACCUCUACUAAUACACAUGUUUAAAAACUUAUAGCUUCUAGACUUUAAGCUGACAUGAUGGGAAAUGAAUUAUUUAUUAUUGCUAGAACUGAUGCAUUAGGGGCAAGAUUCAUAGAAACUAAUGUAGAUUUAAUAGAUUAACCAUACAUUCUUGGAAUAACUAAAUUUCAUGAUAAACCUUGUACCUAUCCUGAAGCAGGAGUUUUCAUAAUUGAAAAAAUUAUUGAAAAAGAAAAAAGAAUAUAAGCUACUAAUUUAUGGUUAAAAUAAUGUGAAAUUGGUGGAAUUAAAAAAGCUAAAGAAUUAGCUAAAAAAUUAGGAUUUGAACUUGAUUUUGAUUGGGAAAAAUGUAGAAACCCUGAUGGAUUCUAUGCUCUUUAAAGUAGUGUUCAUUAUUGUGCUAUAAGAGCUAAAGUAUAUAAAAAUAAUUAAUAAAUAGGAAUACUUAAAAUAUGCAGAUGCUUUAUGGAUGGAAACCUCCACUCCUGAUUUGAAAGUUGCUAAAGAACUCUCUGAUGAAUUAUAAUUUGAACUUCAAAAUAAUAAAGUCUUAUGUUAUAAUUGUUCUCCAAGUUUUAAUUGGAGCAAAUUUGGAUUCUCAGAUGGUGAACUCAAAAACUUCAAUUCAGAAUUAGGAAAAUUAGGAUACACUUGGCAAGUAUAAAUUUUAAUAGAAACUAGUUUAUUACAUUAGCAGGAUUUCAUUUAAAUGCACUUUAAAGUGAAAGAUUCUCUAAAGAUUUAUCAGAAAGAUAUAUGUUAGCAUAUGUUGAAGAUAUUUAAAGAAAAGAAGAAAAACAUAAUGUUGAUUAAUUAAGACAUCAAAAGUAAUUUAUUUAUCUACACUUUUAGAUGGUCUGGAGCUGAAUUAAUUGAUCACGUCAUGACUAUUGUUAAUCAAAGUACACUGAUAUCUUCAGGUGAAGACUCAACUGAACAUUAAUUUGACAAUAAAUGAUUGCG